AUGGAGGUCGAAGAGCCAGCGCUUGCGGCUGCGGAUGUCACGGUCGUGGAUCCGGAAGUUCGAGCCCAUGUCUACAGUCUUGUCAGCGCGCUUGGAGGCUUCAACGGAGACGAUGCGGACAAGUACGUUUUGGGUGACGAUGCGCUCGCCUGCUUGCGGGAUAUCAAGCGCUGGCUGAAACUCUACGAUGAGAAGUAUAACCGCCUGGACGUUGCGCGAUGCUUGGGAGAAGCGAAUCUGGUCAACGGAGAUCUGCUACCAAUCCUGUCGACAUGGGCGAAUAGCACCAAACAAACCAAGUACAUGUCCCGCAUCGCCUUGGCCUGCUUGGAGAUCCUAGUACCUCUGACAUGGCCGAUCGAGAUGCAAGGUGAAAUGACGGCCGACAACUUCAGACACAUUCCUUACCUACAACAUUCGCAUGUUGCAUACAAGCGAGGGAUCCUCAGUCAUGCCAGCACCAGUUAUCUUCGAACAAUUAUCCGCAUCGGUAUCCCGAGCAUGGCGAUCCCACGAUCUGAGCGCGCCACUCGAGACGAGGGUAUUCUCAAGUUGAUGCUCUUCUUCCUACGCAACAUCGCCCUUAUAACUCCGAAUACUCGCCUAGCAGCUGAAGGCGACGAGGAGGAAACGUCUCGGUCGGCAACCACUAAUGCCUUCCAGGAUCAGGAUGUGUUCGCACUUCUUCUCACCAUGUGCUCUAAUGUAGGAGAUGACUUCAACAUGCAAGACGUGGCUCUCCUCGAGAUACUGUUCCAUCUCGUAAGAGGCGUCGACGUUGAGAAGCUGUUCAUGGACAAUACUCAACGCGCCGCGAAACGAACCGACGAGCUGGAUGAUCUGCUACGGAAGGAGUCGUCCCUGCGGAGGGAAUAUGCGAAGAACGCACCCACGCGGCACGGUCGAUUCGGAACCAUGAUCUGGGUGAAGCGUGACGACGCCAAAUACUCCACAGUAUCUGGGCAGAGCGUCCUCAAGGAUGACCAGACAACGUUCCAAAAGAUGGACGAGAGCAAGAAGUGGAACAAGCCCCAAUUUCGCCGGAAAGCGCAAGACCUAACCGUGUACAACGACUUCAGUACCCCUGUGCACCUCAAUUCGACGGCGUCCGAGAACCUCCGGAAGUUUGUAGAAGAGUUCUUGGAUUCGGGCUUCAACCCUCUCUUCACUCAUGUGCGAAAGGCAAUCGAACGUGAAGCGGACCGGGUGGUGGACAUCAAUACCCGCCAAUUUUUCUACACUGUGUCCUGGUUUCUGCAGGCGGAGCGGGCUCGUCGUGCACGCCAGCGGGAGAAACAGGCGCAGAGCGACAAGCCAGGGAAAGAGAUCGAGCCGGAUAGCUUCGGUCUUGUUGCUGGUGUCCUCGAUCAGGAGACCUUUGUCUUCCUUAAUAGGGCCAUGCAGUAUGCUGUCGACAACAAGGAUUGGCAGGAUCUCACUGCAGAAAUGCGCUGUUUCACGCAGAUCCUGUUGACUGUCCAGGAUAUGGUCCAGUCCCCACUCGAGGAGGACCAAGAGAUUGCGGAGAAUAUCCAGAACCGGAUUUUCUACGAGGAGACGACGCACGAUCGCUUGAUUGCCAUCGUUCGCGGUUAUACCGAUCAGGGCUUCGGUUACUUGAACGCAUGUACCGAGCUUACCCAUGUUUUCUUACGUAUGCUGGAACGCUACUCCAAAGAGAAUGUUGAUAUGCAAGUGCGGUCGCGGCGACGUGCCAGACGCAAGCAGAAAGAAAGUGAAGGGAUCGUCCAAGGUGAGAAUGACGAAGAGCAUGGAUCAGAGGAUGAGGAUAUGAUGGAAGCCGAGAGAAUGUCGAAAGAGCGCAGCUUCGACUUUAGGCGCUUUGCCGCGAAAUUCUGCAACCAGAAAUGUGUUGAUACCUUUGUUAGUUUCACCAAGCACUACAACGAGCUCAAUACGGAGCAACUAAAACGGGCUCAUCGGUAUUUCUACCGCAUUGCCUUCAAGCAAGAGAUGAGCGUCUUGCUUUUUCGUCUCGAUAUCAUCAACCUUUUCUACCGCAUGAUCAAAGGGCCUGGGGCCUUGGAUUCAGGCAAACCGAUUGUCGAAGACUGGGAGGAGCUCGUCCGCCAAAUAUUCAGGAGGUUGACCAAGAAACUGGACCAGCGCCCGGCUCUGUUCGUGGAACUACUGUUUAGCAAGAUCAAUGCAACCACAUUCUAUCUCGAAUACGGGCACGAACGGCAGACGUUAUCGACCGUCCGGAGGGCUCCAGCUGAGCUGGAGAUCGAUCCCAAACAAGCGAGUACUAUCGAGGAGAAACUGGGUAUCAUGGUCCCUGCCCUGGUACUGGAUGGGGACACGGAUCUUGUCAGGUGGAUAAGCGAAGUCCUGGGGUCAGCUAUCGAAGAACGAGAAACCUGGGAAGAGCAAGAGAAGGCCCUACGUGAAGCAGGGGCAGAGAGUGCAAGGGUGCCCAAUCCCAUGAUAUCCGUCAAACCUCGAGACGCGGCAUGUCAAAACGCCAUGUUCUCAAAUGCGAAGCUCCGGCUUCUGAUGACGCUCGUCAAAUUCGAGCGCCUGGGAGUGGAAGACGUGGCUGGGGCGUCCUGGGUCAUCCCGUCGACUGCAACGGCGCAGGACCUGCGGGACAUGAAAAGCUUCAUCGAUAGAUACCUUGCUAAGGCCGAGAAAGGCACUCUCGGACGCGACCCGCGCGAACUGAUUCGGCGCAAAUACGGCGCCAAGAAGGAAGCCAACCAGUCCGAAACCCAGAACAUCAAUUUUGGAUCUGAUUCGGAGGGCGAAGAUGAAGUCCCCGAGGGAUUCCUGUUUCCGCCAAACCCCCGGUCAAAGGCGAAUGCGCUCACAGAGCUAAAGCAAAGGCGGAAGAAACGCAAGCAGCAGCAGGGCGAUGAUGAAGGCGAACCUCUCGAUGAGGAAGCCCUUGAGGAGCGUCGCCGCGCACGUGAAGAGAAUGCUCGCGCGCGGAUCGCGAAAAUCAAGAGUGAUCUGUAUGUGCAUGCCAGUGACGAAGAGACGGACGAGGAAGCAGACGAGAAAUUCUUCCGUCUGGAAGAACAGCGGCGCAAAGAGCAGGCCGACCGCAUCAAAAAGGCCAUGCUACAUGGUGUUCCGCCAGAAGAACUGGAAGGCACCGGGAAGAAAGGGCAAGGGAAGCGCCAAAACAAGCGUCAACGAAUAGUCAGCCAGACUGACGGCCUAGAUGAGGACGAGGAUAUUAUAAUGGGAGGCACCGGAGUGAUGUCGCCAGGGUCGCCACAAGACGAUACGCUUGAUAAUGGACUCGAUGAUGAUCUGAAAUUUGAUGACGAUCUUGCCUUUAGUCGAAACCGCGAGGACCUUUUGGCACCAGCUCGCAACGAGGAAGCUCUACAUUCUAGCGGGCCUGAAGUGGACGCUGACGCCCUGGAGGAAAAGGAGGACGAACCUAUUACAGCGGCCGCUUCGCGCCGGCGGAUGCGCGCUGGUUUUGUGGUCGACAGCGACUCGGAGUGAGCGAUGCAUCUUUGAUCAUGGCAUGACGACAUUGAUGAAGCGGAGUUCUUAGGUG